AUGUUCGCAGAAAAAUACAUUAUUGUAGAAUUGUUAUACAAUUAUCGUACAUCGUCAAAUAAUUCCAAAUUUUCUUCGAAAGUCCACAUAAAUUUACACAUCAUUUCAGGAAUAGACUCAUUUAAGAAAAAUCCAUCAUGUAUUAAAGAAACUUUUAAUCACUUGGACAGUGAAACUGACAAUUUAAGCAAGUUGCCGGUACUGGUGAUGGUAUAUGUGGUGGAGAUGAUGGUAUUGAGG